AUGCUGGCAUCUUGGAUCAUUAUAUCCUGGUUUUUGCAGAUGCCAACUCUUACCUGUACAACUGUAACCAAUUCCUGCAUACAGAAAAAAAAAUACCAAUUUCACAAUAAUGGAUCUGUGGUCAUUGGUGCAUUUUUACCUAUUUAUAUUUUCUUCCCAGAAAGAAAAAAGGCAGAUUGGCUGAUGGAGCAAAACUACCAGCUUCUUUUGGCGAUAUUAUUUGCCAUUGAGGAAAUCAACAGGAACUCCCAUCUUUUACCAAACAUCUCUCUGGGGAUUGAGGUUUAUAGUCUCCCAUUUUCUGAAAUGAAUGUUCUAGAGAGCGUGUUUUAUUGGCUCACAGGUUUGAGCAUCUUCAGCCCUAAUUACUUCAGUGGGAUAGAGAGCAAAUCAGCAGCUUUACUUACAGGAAUAAGAUGGAAAACAUCUGAACUCAUUGGGACAGUGCAGCAUCUUUACAAAUUUCCUCAGCUUACUUUUGGGCCUUUUGAUCCCAGUCUGACUGAAGGAAGCCAGUUUCAAUCAGUGUAUCAAGUGGCUCCCAAGGACACAUUUCUGCCACAUGGCAUUGCUUCUUUGAUGCUUCAUUUCAGCUGGAACUGGGUGGGGCUGCUCAUCACAAGUGACCACAGAGGUGCUCAGAUUCUAUCAGACUUGAGAAGGGAGCUGGAUUGGAAUGGAGUCUGCAUCGCUUUUGUGGAAACAGUGUCAGUUAUGGGCGACUCAAUGUAUUCUGUUCCCUUUCAUACUGUGGCAUAUAUUCUGGAAUCAUCAGCAAACGUGAUUGUAACUUAUGGAGACAGUACUUCUGUAUUAACUAUAGUAGUAAACACUUGGGAAAAACUCAUAUCUAGGAAAGUUUGGGUCAUGAACUCACAAUGGGGUGGUAGCAGAUUGUAUGAAUAUACCAUGUCAGAUGCAUUCCAUGGAAGUCUCAUUUUUGCACCCCAUCAUGGGGAGAUUUUGGGUUUCACAAAAUUUAUGCAGGAAGUCACCCCUAUAAAGUAUCCAGAAGACAUUUAUCUUCAUAUAUUUUGGAACUUUUAUUUCAAUUGCUCACUUUUGCCUUCUAAUUAUCAAAUCUUUGAAAACUGCCUGCCCAAUGCCUCCUUGGAAUUGUUGCCAGGGAACAUUUUUGACAUGGCCAUGAGUGAAGAGAGUUACAAUGUGUACAAUGCUGUGUAUGCAGUGGCCCACAGUCUCCAUGAGAUGACUCUCAAUCAAUUACAAGUUUAAUCGGGAGCAAAUGAGGAUGGAACUAUCAUGUUCCCCUGGCAGCUUCACCCUUUUCUGAAGAAUAUUCAAGUGAAAAAUUCUGUUGGAGAUCUUGUGGUUUUGGACCAUAAAAGGAAGCCAGAUGGGGAGUAUGAUAUUAAAAACGUUUGGAAUUUCCCAACAGGCCUUUCACUGCAGGUGAAAGUGGGUACACUUUCUCCAAGAGCUCCACAGGGGCAACAAUUGUCAGUAUCUGGACACAUGAUUCAAUGCCUACAGUAUUCUCAGAGGUGGGCAUCUAUUCCUAAAUCUGUAUGCAGUGAGAGCUGCAGUCCUGGAUUCAGAAAAACCAUCAUAGAGGGAAUGCUUGCCUGUUGCUUUGGCUGCACUCCUUGCUCUGAGAAUGAGGUUUCCAAUGAGACAGGUAUGGAUCAGUGUGUGAAGUGUCCAGAAACUCAUUAUGCAAAUUCAGAGAGGAGGUACUGCCUCCCGAAAACUGUGACCUUUCUGACUUAUGAUGAUCCUGUGGGGAAGGCACUUAUAAUCAUGUCACUGGGAUUCUCUGCACUCACAGUUGUUGUUAUUGGGGUCUUUGUAAAGCACAGAGACACUCCAAUUGUCAGGGCCAAUAAUAGAUCUCUCAGUUACACCCUGCUCUUCACUCUCAUGCUCUGUUUCCUCUGCCCCUUGAACUUCAUUGGCAUUCCCAACACAGCAACCUAUGUCCUGCAGCAGAACUUAUUUGAACUUCUCUUUACGGUAGUUCUCUCUACUGUGUUGGCCAAAACAUUCAUUGUAGUUAUGGCAUUCUACAUUACUACUCCAGGGAGAACAAGGUGGCUAUUGAUAUCACAGGCCUCUAAUUUCAUCAUUCCAGUCUGCACUGUGUUGCAAGUACUUCUCUCUGGAAUAUGGCUGGGAAUAUCUCCUCCCUUUAUUGACAUGGAUGUUCAUUCUGAACAUGGACACAUCAUCAUUCUCUGCAACAAAGGUUCACCUUUUGCCUUCUACUGCAGUCUGGCAUACCUGGGAGUCAUGGCCUUUAGUAGCUACUUCAUGGCUUUCUUGUGCAGGAACCUGCCAGACACAUUUAAUGAAGCCAAGUUCCUGUCUUUUACCAUGCUUGUUUUCUGCAGUGUGUGGGUCAUUUUCCUCCCUGUGUACCACAGCACCAAGAGGAAGGUCAUGGUGUCGAUGGAGGUCUUCUCUAUCUUGACUUCCAGUGCAGGCAUUUUUUGCCUAAUCUUUGCCCCUAAGUGCUACAUUAUUUUGUUCAGGCCAGAGAGGAACUCAGUUCAUCACAUCAGGGACAAAAGAGAUGGUAGAAACAAAUGUACUUAA